AUGGUCCCUGGUAUCCUUUCAGACGAACUUCCCGUUCGCGAGGGCAAGAACUCGUAUCCACAGCCUUUAAAGCUAUCAGGUGCUUUAGAGUGCUUUCCCCGUGAGGAUACGACUCCGGUCAUUGGAACCGAGUUCCCGAACGUGAACAUCGUUGAUGACUUGCUGAACGCCCCAAAUGCAGACGAACUCUUGCGCGACCUUGCGAUUACAAUCUCCCAGCGUGGAGUGGUCUUCUUCCGCAAUCAACAAAAUCUCACCAAUGACCUGCAAAAGCAGCUCAACCACCGCCUCGGUCAGCUUACCGGAAAACCCGAGGAUUCCUCCCUCCACAUUCACCCAGUCCUGAACAAUACUUCCGAAUUUGGUGUCGGGGAUGCUCAAGUCUCCCAUAUCAGCUCCGUAGCUAUCAAAGCUCUCUUCAAAAACGGGAACAAAUCUCGUCGCUAUGAUUCCGCUCAAUGGCACAGCGACAUUCAAUUCGAGCCUGUCCCAGCAGACUACACUUCUCUCCGCCUAACCCAACUUCCAUCCAACGGUGGCGAUACCCUUUGGGCAUCCGGUUACGAAAUCUACGAUCGCUUCUCCCGCCCCUAUCAGAAGUUCUUCGAAACUUUGACGGCAACAUUCAUUGGAGAUGGCUUCCACAAAGCCGCAGCUGCGAAUCCUGAGAAAGUCAAGAUUUAUACGGAGCCACGCGGGUCGCCCCAAAAUGUUGGCGGGGACCUUAUAGCUGUACAUCCCGUCGUUCGAACGAACCCUGUGACGGGAUGGAAGAGCAUUUUCGCUCUUGGACCUUUUCCGAAAUACAUCAAUGAGUUGCACAGAGAUGAGAGUGACUUGCUACUGGAGAGGUUUAGAAAGGUGAUUCUGGAGAAUCAUGAUUUGACUGUAAGAUUCAAGUGGAGGAAUGAAGAUGACAUUGCGAUCUGGGAUAACAGAAGUGCUUUCCAUUCUGCUACUUUUGACUAUGAUGGCCUUGGUGACAGAUUUGGCAAUCGUGUUGUUGGCAUUGGCGAGGCGCCAUAUUUGGACCCCAACAGCAAGUCGAGGACAGAGGAUCUGGCUGAGAAGAAUUGA